AUGGGCUCCAGACCCGCGGACGCCGCAGGGGGCCAACAGCAGCAGCAGGCGGAGGAGCCCUCCAUGGCGGACGUGUACGGCGGCCACGAGCUGACGCCGCUGCAGAAGCACGCCGCCUUCUUCGACCGGAACAGGGACGGCAUCAUCUACCCCUCCGAGACCUACCAAGGGCUGCGCGCCAUCGGCUGCGGCGUCGUGCUGUCCGCCGCCGGCACCGUCUUCAUCAACGUCUUCCUCUCGUCCAAGACGGUACCGGCGAACGUGAAGCCCCCAGCUUUCAAGUUCCCCAUCUACGUGAAGACCAUUCAGCAGGGCAAGCAUGGGAGUGAUACAGACGUCUACGACACCCAGGGCAGGUUUGUUCCUGAAAAGUUUGAGGAGAUAUUCAAGAAGCAUGCCCACACUAGGCCUGAUGCCCUAACGGACAAAGAGCUUGGGGAGAUGCUUAAAGCAAACAGGGAUCCUAAAGAUUUCGCUGGACGGGUGGGCGCUUUCGUAGAGUGGAGACUUCUCUACGCGUUGUGCAAAGACAAGGAGGGAUUUCUUCACAAGGAGACUGUCAAGGCGGUCUAUGAUGGCAGCGUGUUUGAGAAGUUGGAGCGAGAAAAGAAGGAAGCUAAGGAAUUUGCCAAGAAGAAAUGA